CAAGAAAAAUCUAUAGCUGCGAUUCUCCCUCCCUCAUCAGUCUCACUCUCGUUUUCUCAUCCGCUAGCUUAGCUUAGCUUUUUCACUCACAUAAAUGUUCUUUUUAACGUCAAAUCCCCCGUCUUUUCAACCCCGAAAACGCUCUCCUUCUCUCUCAAAAAGAAAAGCUUAAACCCCCAUUCACCCCACUCUAUACUCUCCGCCCACUAUACCUUUUCCUUCAAUUCAUUGCAUUCAUUCAAAAUCUCAGUAAUAUAAUCGAGCGAGGAUUCAUAGAUAGAACUGUAUUGUGUUAUUGAUUCGUUUAUAGAAAUCGAAGCUAUGGAGGCUGGAUCCGAGCCGGUAGUUUCGGAGCCAGCCGGUGAAGGCGGCGGCGGCGGCGGCGGAGAGGAUCAGCCGUCGGCGAGUGGGACGGGCGAGGGAGGGGGAGAAGGGUCAACGGCGGCGGCGGCGCCGAGCCGAUACGAGUCGCAGAAGCGGCGAGACUGGACUACAUUUUUGCAGUACUUAAGGAACCACAAGCCGCCGUUGACGCUGCCGCGGUGCAGCGGCGCGCACGUGAUCGAGUUCCUCAAGUAUCUCGAUCAGUUCGGGAAAACUAAGGUGCACGUGACCGGGUGCCCGCACUUCGGCCACCCGAACCCGCCCGCGCCCUGCGCGUGCCCCUUAAAGCAGGCCUGGGGCAGCCUCGACGCGCUCAUCGGCCGCCUCCGCGCCGCCUACGAAGAGAACGGCGGCCGCCCCGAGUCCAACCCCUUCGCCGCCCGAGCCGUGAGGAUUUAUUUAAGAGAGGUCAAAGAUACCCAAGCUAAGGCCAGAGGAGUCCCUUACGAGAAGAAACGGAAAAGGUCAACACCCGCCACCGCCACCGCCACCGGAAAUAACGGACGUAAUGGCGGCAGCGGCGGCGGCGACGGCGACGGCGACGACACUGGUGGCGCCACCACUGUCGGUCAUCCACCUCCAGCCACUACAACAGUAUAGUACGGCCUUGUAAAUAUUCUUAUUUUUCCCGAAAUUAUUCUAUUUCUCCAAAAUUGUAAAUUAUGAUUAAGAGAAAUCUGCAGUUACUAUGAAAAUUAUGUAUUAAGUAAAUUCUGUCUUGUGAUUUUUGUUAUAAUGUCUCUUCCAAUACAAACUAAAGUCUUUCUCA